AUGGCGGCCGGGGGUCCCGUCCAGGAGGCCUCUUGCUCCAUCUGCCUGGAGUUCUUCAGGGACCCGGUGAGGAUCACCGAGUGCGGCCACACCUUCUGCCGGGCCUGCCUGACCCGCAGCUGGGGGGAGCCGGGGGCCUCUUCCGAGCCUUUCUGCCCCCAGUGCAGGGGAACAGCUCAGCCCAAGAGCCUCCGGCCAAACCAGCAGCUGGCCAACACGGCGAAAAUAAUCCAGAAACGCCGUCCUUUGGAAGGGGAGGGGGCGGAAGCAAAGAGGGGAGAAGGGAAGGGGGGCGUCUGCGAGAAGCACGGGGAGCCCCUGAAGUUUUUCUGCCGGGAGGACAAAGCCCCCCUCUGCGUGGUCUGCAGCAAGUCCCAGGAGCACCGAGAUCACCGGGUGACUCCCCUGGAGGGGAAGGAGGCUGCCGGGGAGAAGAAGGAUCGGUUAUGCAACUGUGUGGAGAGUCUACGGAUGGAGUGGAACAAAAUCCUGAUGUACAAAGACAGUGUAGUGAAGGAAAGCCAAGACCUGCUCAGGCAAACCAAAGGAGAGCGGCAGAAGAUUCUGAUCAAGUUCAGGCAACUACAGAAGUUUCUGGAGGAACAAGAGAAACUUCUCCUGGCCCAGAUGGAAGAGGUGGAGAAGGAGGUGGCCAAGAAAAGGGACCAGCACCUGGCCAAACUCUCCAAGGAACUCUCCUCUCUUCCCAGCCUUAUUCUGGAGAUAGAGGGGAAGUGUCAGCAGCCAGCCAGUGAUCUCCUGAAGGAUGUCAGAAGCACCUUGCAGAGGUAUGAAGAAAAGGAGGCAUUUGAGAAUCCAGCGGCUUUUCCUCUUGCACUGAAGUGGCGCAUCUGGGACUUCUCGGAUGUAAGUCCCCUUUUGGAGGGCAUCAAGAAGCAACUCAAAGACACUCUGGAUUCUGGAUUUCAGAAAGCAAAUGUGACUCUGGAUCCAGACACGGCCCAUCCGCAACUCAUCCUGUCUGAGGGUUGGAAAAGUGUGAAAAAAGGAAAAAUAGCUCAAGCCUUGCCCUACAGGUCUGAGAGAUUUGACGUGUGUCCAGCUGUGCUGGGCCCUGAGGGAUUCACAGGAGGCCGCCAUUUCUGGGAAGUCCUGGUGAGAAGUCAGACAGAAUGGACUGUGGGGGUGGCCAGAAAUUCUGUGAGGAGGAAGGAAAAGUUCUCCUUUAGUCCUGAGGAAGGGUUCUGGGCUGUGGGGGAGAAGUUAUCAUGGGCGUUCGGGGAAGACGUAACAAAACUGACCGGGAAGCUGAAGAGGAUCCGAGUGUGCCUGAACUACACUGGGGGUCGAGUGGCCUUCUUUGACGCUGAACAAGCAGCCCUUCUCUACGAGUUCUCUGGAGCCUCCUUCGCUGGAGAGACCCUCCUGCCCUUUUUUUGCGUGAAUGGGGACGGCCAGCUCAGAAUCUCUUCCCAAGACCACUUCUUCACACCAAGACCACCAAUAAGAAAAUAUUUUUUCUCUAGAAUCCCCCUUUUUUUGAGUCCUGUAAAGGCCUCUCUGGGCUCCCAGCCACCAAAACCUUGAGUAAAAUGGAGACAUUUCCCCCCUCCAUUGCCCAGCAGUCUUUUUUCCUUUCUAUCUUAUUUCUGAAAGUGACAGUAACGUCUUUUGCAUUGUAAACAAUAGCAAGCUGGUUCUAAAGGAGAGCUCAAAACAGACCCCCCCAGGGCGGCCCUCUCUAGCCUCUAUUCUCCUCAAGCACAAGAGAGGAACCAUUGCAGUGCCUACAGGGGAAGAAGAGGCCUUGCACUAUUCGGGACUUCCUCUUUUCUUUACUGGGCACCAUCUGUUAGGACUUGCUUGUGUCAGCCUGCCCUUUCUGACAGGCACUGAAGAUCCUGCCCCAGUCAUGGUUGCUGUGUUCAAAGCACUUGUAUUGCAGUUAUUCCAGAGCCUGGAAA